UCUUGUUUUUUGCUGCAACAUGUUGAUGGUGAGCAGUACAGAGUUUGCAGUCGGCGGCAACCAUACUGGCUGGACCAUUCCCAAAUCUGCCGAUUACUACAACAAUUGGGCUUCCAACAACAGAUUCCUCGUUCACGAUACCCUUCGUUUCAAGUAUGGUGAAGACUCGGUGAUAGAAGUGAACGAGGAAGACUACAACAAAUGCAAGGCAUCGCGUCCUCUGUUCUUCUCCAACAAUGGCGACACGGUGUUCACAUUUGACAGGCCUGGCUUGUUCUUCUUCAUCAGUGGUGUUUCUGGUCACUGUGACAGAGGCCAGAAGAUCGUCGUCAAGGUCUUGGACGUACAGGCACACUCGCCCCCACCGCAAAACCAAAACCAAAACGACGACCAAAAUUCUCCACACACGGAAGCUGCUUCUUCUUCUUCUCAUAGCGCCGGACCCUUCGCCAAAACGACAUCGGCCCUUCUCGUUGUCUCGUCGUUCAUCUUCCUUCUUUUUGCUUGAGUUAUGAGUUCAUCAUUUGGGUUUAGUGUAGCUGGGUCUUAGGUUUUUCAUUAGUUAUUCAUUGCCUAGGUCAUCGGACUAUUGGAUUCCAUUAAUCUUUGUCAC